AGUUCUAUGUUUAUAAAAAUAUGGAAAGAAAUAUUAUUUUAUUGUCAGAUGGCAAUAGAUGAUGUGUUGUUGUUUUGAGUAGCGAACUGACCUAAAAAAAUUUACUACGUAUAAUGUCAAUCAGCGUAAUGGUGUUGGUAAACAUCCAAAGAUGUUGAACAGCUGACAGCAACAUCGUUUGUCAACACACACGAGACGUAGAAAUGGCGCGAAAGUAAUUUGGCGCGUCGAUGAACAUUUGGAGGGAAACUGCAACGUCGUGGCCCAGUCGUAAUUUGAGCAGUGGUAGUGGCAAGACGUAUUUAUGGAAAAAUAAUAAGAGAAAAGUGUGAGAUUGAGCUAUUAAACCAGACGUGCCCAGAGUGAAAUUGUUUAGCACACAAGCAAGCUGAUAAACCAUUAAAUUCAAACUGCAAUCAUGGCCCAGCCAUCGGUAGCUGCAUUUUUUAGCAAUCGUAAACGCGCCGCUGUGGAUGAUGCCACCACAAUUAAGACCAGGCGUCUGGCAGAACCAAGCGAGGUUGCUGCCCCACAGCAAUUGGCGCCUCCAAUCCAGGAUGACAAUGUGGACAUUGACACACUCAAGGCUGGCGUGCGAACACGAUCCGGCCGCACAGUCAAACUUAUUGGCGUACAGCCAACACCAGCGUCUCAGGACACUAUCAAAAAGAAGCCUGCCAAAGUCGAAGCAAACAUCAAGCAGCCCAAGCUCGUACAGUUCAUACGCAAGGGAACGCUGUCGCCCCGCAAGCAACCACCAAGCUCUCAAGAUGGUACACAGUUGCUCAACGAGCAGACGCCCAAGGUGAACAUUGCAUUUGCCUCAAAGCAGAAUGCCGAUAAUGUGCAACGUGGAAUGCGCACGCCCACCAAACAGAUCAUUCAGGAUGCUUCACCCAUCAAGCACACAGAACUGGCCAAGCGCGGCCUCAGCUUCGAUGAGGUCAAGACCAAGAUUACCCGCAGCGCCAAGAUGCAAGAGCUGAAGGCGGUGUUGGCGCGCAAGGCCAAGCUUGAACAGGAACGCAAGGCGCAGGAGGAGCGCAAUCGUCGUUUGCGUGAAGCGGGUCCAUCGCCAGCCAAGGCAAAGACAGUGCAACUCAAGGAGUUCGAUACCAUCGAGCUGGAGGUGCUGACUAGCCCCUUGAAGACAUUCAAAACACCAACAAAGCUGCCGCCUCCCACACCAGACAAGCAUGAGUUGAUGUCGCCACGUCACACAGACGUCUCGAAACGUCUGCUCUUCAGUCCGGCCAAGAAUGGUUCACCUGUUAAGCUGGUGGAGCCGCCAGCAUACAAACGCUAUGCCAGCCUCAUUGAGACGAGCAAGGCGGGUCAACUGCCUUUGCCGUACAAGUAUCGUCAUUUGCUGGAGAUAUUCAAGGGUCUCGAUUCGGUGGUGGCUAUGUUCCACAAUCGCAAGGAGUGCAUUACAUUCAAGAAGCUGAAGCCCGCCGUGCAGCGCAUGUUGCGCAAGAACUUUACUGAAACGCAUUUGGCUCAGAUUAAGCACGUUUAUCCCGAUGCAUUCCUCUUCAGUCAGAUGAAGAUGCGCAACUUUGGUUCCGUGUCAAAGGCCGACUAUUUCCAGUUGGUCAUUAGUCCUAAUGUGGAGCAGGUGCCGGAACAGCAGCGCCUCAAUAAGAUCGAUGAGAACGAUGUGCUCGCGUCGGCCCAGUCGACGUCCAUGAAUCCACACGUGAUGACGGCACGCAUGCAAAAGUUCCAGAGUCUUUUGUUGCAACGAGUCAUGCAGGAGCAUGAUAGCUUCUUGCGCUCCUUGGAUCCACCGAUCAUCAUCAACAAGAUGUUAACGCGUUGGCAUCCAGAAUUCGAUCUGGAAAGCUGUGCCGAAGUCGAGUUGGGACAGCUUCCACAACCGCCCAACGUGGAGAAAUAUUCCUCCGCCAAGGAUAUUCUCUCGACGGCGCGUAAUUUGUUCAACUGCGCCACGCCCAUGGAACGUGCAAUGGAUCGCUAUGAGGCCAAGUUGGAGGCGGACAGAAAUCAAGCAAAUAACGCUGAAGGUGCCACGCAGCAAAAGGAGAUUCCGGGCACCUCUGCAACGGCGACCGCAACGGCAACUGCAAUAAAAGACACCAAAUUACCAACAGAAACUACAACAGCCACGCCUACGGUGAAGGAGUGCACGGCAACUAGCUCGGAUCCCACAUCGAAUCUACUCAAAGGACUGCCAAAGUCCUUGAUAGAGAAAAUUCGGGCAAAGCAGGCGGCCAAAGCACUGGAUGCGAUGACGCGUCGACCUUCACAGGAUCAGGAGGUGACCAAGUAUUCGCGCCUGCCGGAAUUGGCGCGACAUCUGCGCAACGUCUUCGUAACGGAGCGUAAGAGCGUGCUAACCCUCGAGAUAAUCAUCAAGAAGAUACAAAACAGUUUCCGCGCGAAUCUAACGCCGCAGGACAUUGAGACGCAUCUGAAGCUGCUGGCCAAGGAGCUGCCCGCAUGGGUAUCAUUCCAUGAAGUACGGAAAACCAUGUACAUUAAGAUCGCCAAGGACCAGGACAUGAAUAAGAUCAUUGAUAAACUGGAGGAGGUCGCGAAUCAGAAAAGCAAAUAACAACAAAUAACUGGAGAUUGAGAUCACGCUAAUCUUUGCAAUUCCUUAGACCCUGUGGCUACAUCCAGCUAUAUGUAUUUCUUAAGUAAAACGCUUACCUAGACUCAAUUGUGCUAGGAAAUUAUAUUGUUAUUCAAUCCAUCUGACAUCAUUAUUAAUCAUUUGACAAUUUAUCACACACAGCAAUCAUUCAUCACAUUUUCAUUAUACUAAAUUAAAACACUGAAUUAUUAUUGUAGUAGACCUUAACUUUUGCAUACUUUAUUAAUUAUAUAGAGCAGACAUUUAUAUUUAUAUUAAGAUAAUUUUUUCAUGUUGUAAUACGUUGAAUAAAUAAAUGUUUUUCUGGAAA